CCACCGUGGUUAAGUUCAGCAAAGCUCCCGCUAUUCCAGUUCGGUCGCCACCUUCGUCGAUUCCGCAAUGGCGUUCUUGAUUGAUAACUUAUCGUCCGACCAAUGGAAGCGAGUCGACUGUCACACCGAUCCUGAAAAAGACGGUUACAGAGAAUAUCUAGUCUGUCACCGAUUGCCGACAAGUGACGAGAAAGUCGAAUUCAAAUACUCGGCUAGCGAAGAGAGGAACGACUCGCGGCCGGUGGAACUCAUGCUCUACGGCGCCAGAGGGAGGGACCCCCUGCAAGGAAUUCAGCGGCCCUAUCUCAAGGUGGAAGACAACCAGAUCAUAGGCAUGGAGGUGUGCGGAGAGUGUUGCGAGAGGAAGUAACCAAACAAAAAACAGACAAAAAUGGAACAGCAGCAGCACAGGGACGGUGUGAUCCCAGAAAGGAUUCAUUUCAACCUCCAAAAUAGACCCCCUCUCUGGAUUUUCCAUCCUAGAAAUCUGACGAAGUACAGUGUUUGUUUGAAAAACAAAAUGGUGAUUUUACCCACUGGGAAUCGACCCCGCACGCCAACCAGAAUAGGCCAUUCCAGCUAUAAGCAUGCGCGCGCACUCACCAUGGAAACCUACCUCAACUACCGGCAUGCAGCGCGCGCUUCGUUUGGUGCAAGCUUAAAAAAGGCGCGCGCUGCAUUCUGGUAAUUGAGGUAAAUUUCUAUGGUAAUGCGCGCGCAAAAUUAUAGCUGGAAUGGCCUAUUGCACAUUCCCUCUGCAAGGAAUGUUUUUUUUCUGGAAUCAUACAAUCUCAAAAAAAAAAAAAGAAAAAAAAUAUAGCAAAGAGGAGCCCAAAUAAGUAAAAGAUGAGCUUUUAUAAAAAGACCAGGUGACAGAUGAUCGGUGCUUGUAGUGAUGAUUGGUAUAUAAUUAUAGUAUGUUCAAUAAAAUCUAAAGAAAUCAAAAA